AUGACUUCUGAGACAACAAACAAAGUCAACAGCAAACAUUUCAAACCAAAGCCAAGGAUCAAGGCUCUGUUCCAAUAUAUCAUUCUUUCCCUGCUGCUGAUCGCUGCUGUUGAGUACUUCAAAUAUUCGACCAGAAUCAACUACGAAUGGUUCCAUUGCACAAUCGUAAGAGACCCGAUCAGGGACUCCAUGGGUGAGCCGUCCUCGGUGUUCAAACUGUCCGCCGUGGGGGGUCCAAGUUGCGACAAGAGAGGCGAACUAAAGACGAUCAUGAAGAGAAUCGUCAGGGAUUACGAACCAAACGAGGAAAACUUGUCCUUCUGCCUCAUUGAAAACGAGAGCGUAAAGCCUAUCCAUUAUCCAUUGGGGGAAGUUAAGGGCGAAGCGGGUUACUGGGCUUACGUGGGCUAUGAUUCAGACAAGGAACUGGUGAAGGAGAUGUGUAAUGAUGCCACUCUCUACCAUUUAUAG